CUUUAGGGGAGUUUGUUGUUGCUUCUGCUCGGCACGUGGGUUUUGCGUUCACGUUUUUCUCUCAGAAUAAGUACACGGCUGCAGACGUUUUCGUGGCGGAUCUGCUGGUAGACGAGAGACUGGUUGUGACAAGGGAAGUGUUCGUAUGAAGGCGGAAAGUCAGGUUGUCUGAAUGUUAGAUGAACUACACUGACAAUGGAGUAUCCACUUACCAUGCAGGAGGACCCAAAGGCUGGCAGAGGCCCCGUUGUAGGAACCACAUUGAAACACAUGUAUGUAAAGCUGAAAGAGGAGGCCUGUGAUUGGGAACUUGGUGAAAUCCGACCUGUCAUUAUCCAGACAUGGACAGUUAAAGAGGAGGUGUAUGACCCUGAAUAUAAGUUUAUAAAAGAAGAGGCUUUUGAGCAAAGGUGCCUCCCCAUCAAAGAUGAAAUUCUAAUUCCGACAUCCACGAAUCUCCUAUGUGACUAUAGUUCUAGUAGAAUUAAAUGUGAAGUCCCUGACCAUGUUUGUCUGCCUAUUCAAGGGGAGCAUUCUGAAGAAGAAUUUACCCCAGUUAAAAAGGAGGCAUCUGGUGCUGUACCGGUGUGCAUCAAAGAGGAAAGCUGUGAAUAUGAAUUGGGCUGCUUUCAAAUACAACACCACAAACGUGGGAAUAUUCUAAAGGAAGAGACUUCUAAGUUGGUAUCUAACCUGGGUGGGAGUCAAGCUGCUGAUUUGGGGUCAAUACAGUUACAGAAGAAAGAAUUAAUGGAAGAAGAGGAAGAGUUUUACAAAAGAGACCAGCGAGUGAAUCCUGUCCAUCAGCCUUUCAUAACACAGAUGACUUGGAAGUAUUGUGGGACAGAUGUUCCUAAGAAUCGUAUCAGAUUGACAGCCUCACUCAGUCAUGAUCGUGAACAGGUAUUUGCUUCAUUUGAACUCUCCCAACAUGCCCAGCUGUCCAACUCAAAGAGCAUCAACUGCAGUCUGUCUACAUCAGAAAAUAGCACCAGUCAACCAGCAACCAUGAAUAUUGUCAGUGUAGUCCCCAACAAGAGAAAAUAUACAUGUACGCACUGUGGAAAAAGCGUAGCAGAUAGACACUCAUUAAGGCAACAUCAGGGAAUUCACACAGGAGAUAAGCCAUAUUGCUGCACUGUGUGUGGAAAAAAGUUUACAUUCAAAACAGCCCUUCGAAGUCAUCGGUGGACUCACUCUAAAGAGCGGCCCUACUAUUGCGAUGAAUGUGGAAGGGGUUUCGUCAAUCGCAACAGUCUUAAUGAACAUAGAAGAGUUCACACUGGAGAGAUGCCAUAUGGUUGUGCUAAAUGCGGAAGGAGGUUCAUGACAAAUUCUCAGCUUCAGUCACAUCUGAAUAGCCACUGUCAAAUCAAGUACCAUUGUGCCAAAUGUGGAAAGCGAUUCCCACAAAAGAAUGAACUUGAAGAACACCUGUUGAGCCAACAUGCCUUUCUUUUUCAUUACUGUGCUAAAUGUGGAAUGAGGUUUUUAGAUAAAAUUUCUCUUCAGACCCACCGAAAUGUUCAUCUAAAGAAGUUGGUUUUCUGUAAAGAAUGUGGGAAAGGAUUUACUUUUAAAGCAAAUCUUCUCCGGCACCAAAGAUUUCAUUCAGGGAAGAAACCACAUGUCUGUACUGACUGUGGAAAAGCUUUCUCACAAAAAAACGAUUUGCAGCUCCACGAAAUACAGCAUUCAGAAGAUAAACCAUAUUGUUGUGCUACUUGUGGAAAGAAGUUUGCAGGAGAGCAUCAGCUUCAGGAUCAUGAGAAAGUUCAUACUGGAGAAAAGCCAUACUGUUGUACUUUAUGUGGAAAGGCAUAUGCUAAGAAAAAGCACCUUCAUCAACACCAGGAGGGUCACACUACUGAGAAGCCAUUUGAGUGUCUCAAAUGUGGACAGAGGUUUUCACUAAAGCGUGGCCUUCAAAGUCAUGUGAAAAUUCACAGUGGAGUGAAGCCAUAUCAUUGUGCCGAAUGUGGUAAAAGCUUCACGCGGCGUGAUGUGCUUAUCCGCCAUCAAAUGACUCACACAGAAGAAAAGCCAUUCUGUUGUACUGAAUGUGGAAAGCGGUUUAUACGUAAAAGUCAACUUCUGACACACCAAAGACGUCACUCAGAAGAGAAUCAAGUGUAAUAUUGGGUUGUCUGCAAUACUUACUAACCUUUAGUGAGAGAGAAAAAUUCAAAGUAACAACCUUUAGAUCUAUCCAUCCAUUUUCCAACCCGCUGAAUCCGAACACAGGGUCACGGGGUUCUGCUGGAGCCAAUCCCAGC